UAAUUACAGAUUGGCAACUUCGUACUCAUUCAUUCGACGAAUUACGCUUUCCGUAUCGAAACUUCGCACAAUCUUAACGAUAUUUAAAGAAUUCUCGACAUAUUUGAAGAUUUUAAGUGAAAAGAUCUAUUCGUUAACCAUUUUAUCCAAGUGCUCAUGCAAUGGGACGGCGUAAGAAAGAGGACAAUAGUGACUCUUCAGAACACUGGGAUGAAUCUGAUUCAUCGGUUGAUGUUGAGGAAGUGACCACGUCUGAUGACGAUCAUGGCAACAGAAGGAUCACUCGUCAGUCCACCCGCAUUGUUACCAGGGCAACAAACCAAGUCAUGAGGAUGAGGGAGCAGUCACCUAUGAAGACUGGGAAGGGCGAGAACAGAAAAUCAUCGGAGAGCUCUGACAAUGAACCGCCACCUGCACCCACCGAUACAGCAGAUAAACCCAAGAAGAAAGGUCGUAAGAGGGGCAAGUCUGAGGCCCACCCGUCGGAUACGGAGUCUGGUGCUUCGCUCAAUGGAGGAGCUCCCAAAAAGAAGAAAAAGAGAAAAAGCGUGAAAGGAGAUUCUAAGCUUACCAAUGGAGAGCUUUCAAGUGAUAAAGAGAGCGGAGACGGAGACAAGAAAAGGAAGAGUAGGAUUAUUGCCGAGCAGCAGCUUUUGAAAUCAGAGAAUGUGGAAUUGAGAUGCCCGGUACCAGGAUGCGAUUCAAGAGGGCACUUCACUGGUAAAUUCACCAAACAUCGUACAUUAUGGGCUUGUCCCCUGUAUCAUAACAUGACGGCUGAAGAAUGUCAGGCCAAAGCUGAUGCUAGGGCAGAGAAGAGACGUAGCAGACAUCAAGAGCAAGAGAACGAUGAGAAGAAGGCGUUACGACAAUCGAACUCAUCUCGUGCCCAACAGCAAAAGCGCUACCAGGUGCAGGAGCUUCGGAGACAACGCAAGGAUCUUUCGGAGGAUCUCAAGGUCAAGAGUCGACAGCACCGGGAGGAGUUCCACAAGUCCAGAGAACCUCUCCUCAAUGGGAUCACAUCACAAUUUGACUUGGACCUGUUUCGUGAGGCACAGAUGCGAGCCUCGGAAGAGAUGGAGAAGUGCGGCUUGGGCAACCCUGGCGAAGGCACCGUCAAGAAGCUGGAGUUCGGGCGCUUCGAGCUCAACACAUGGUACUCGUCCCCUUACCCUGAGGAAUACGCAAGACUUCCAAAGCUCUACAUCUGUGAGUUUUGCCUCAAGUACAUGCGAAGCUCGACUAUCCUCAGACGACAUCUUGCCAAGUGUGUCUGGAGACAUCCCCCAGGGGAUGAGAUCUACAGGAAAGGCAACAACUCAGUAUUUGAAGUGGACGGCAAGAAAAACAAGAUCUAUUGUCAGAAUCUAUGUCUACUUGCCAAGCUCUUUCUGGAUCAUAAAACUCUCUACUACGAUGUUGAACCAUUCCUCUUCUACAUCAUGACAGAGAAUGAUUCAUCUGGUUGUCAUAUUCUUGGCUACUUCUCUAAGGAGAAGAACUCUUUCCUGAAUUACAAUGUAUCCUGUAUACUCACGUUACCACAGUAUAUGAGACAAGGAUAUGGAAAGAUGCUGAUUGAUUUCAGUUACCUACUAUCUAAGAGAGAGGAGAAGAUUGGUUCUCCUGAGAAGCCUCUAUCUGAUCUUGGCCUAAUCAGCUAUAGAAGCUAUUGGAAAGGUGUUCUACUUCAAUAUCUUCAUAAAUUAGAUGCCAAGGAAAUAUCCAUCAAAGACAUCAGUCAAGAGACAGCAAUCAACCCGUAUGACAUCGUCAGCACACUGCAGUCAAUGUCGAUGCUCAAAUACUGGAAGGGAAAACAUCUGGUGCUAAAGAGACAGGACCUCAUUGAUGAAUACCUCUCAAAGGAGAAGGAAAGGACCAACGGCUUGAAACAGAUUGAUCUCAAUAGCUUGAAAUGGACCCCACCCAUAUGUGAACCUGUGUAGGACCUGGUGCCCGUUUCAUAAAACUUGUUAUAAUAGCAUAUUGUCAGUAACAGUUAAGCUACUGAAAUCCUUCGAUUUCAUUGGCUGACAGUAAACUUGUUAAAGAAAUUUUGCAUGUGUUAUUAUAAUAAGUCUUUAUUAAACAGGAUCCUGGACCGUCCAUGUAACUCUUAGAGACAUUUACAGAACAGAUUGUGGAUAAGAAGUUGCCUUUGUUUGGACGAUAGAGUGUUCCCAUGAGCAGCCAUGUUGGAGGAGAGGGAGAAGAAACCUGUGCAUCAAACUGAUCAAUCACUUUAUUACUGGCUUUGAGCCCUGCGCACACUGCGAUCCAUUGCGGUCCGAAUUUCAAAGAAAUUGUAAUGACAUUUGAUAUGAACUUUCCAACCAAUAAAACCUUAGCAAUUAAAGUUCAGAAUAGUAAUAGGAGGACUAUCUGAACUUUAAAUUCAGUUCGAACCUUUCUUGUAGAAAUAGAAGCAUUUUUAAAUCUGAAUCAUUAUGACAUCAUCAGUAGCGACUUGAAGCCGAUUUGCACACUACUACACAGACAGGGUGUGCUGCAAAGUAAAAUUUUGGUUUUAUUUAUUAUUCCUAACAUUAGGUUGUACUUCAAAUGAAAUGAUUUUACUUUGAAGUUCAUAUUUAAUGCAAAAUGCGAUUUUUUUUUUUUUUUUAAUUUGCAUCGUAUCGGAUCGCAUUGUGUGCUCUGGGGCCCGUUGCAGAAAGAAUUGCGAUCAACCGCAACUCUACAAAUCAUGCGCAACUUGAUUUUCAACCAAUCAACAGCGUGCAUUUGGGAAGUUGUGAUUGAUUUUUUUACUUGCGUUUAAACGAAACUCUUUCUGCAACGGACCCCUAGGCUUAUUGCACACAUGUCUUGGUUGUGUCCUCUAUCAUGGCUGCAGUGAGAACACUCUCUAGUCAUGCCUGCCUCAUUGGACACUCUGUAAGUUGAAUAAAUUCCCAACUCAAAGUAAUUGUCAGAACCGGGGACUAUCCUAAAAGGACCUUUGUGCCCCCCAUUCCAUAAAUUCUACCAUUAUGGUAACUUUGCCGUCCAAUGGUAACCUUCAUAAAAUCGUUCAUUCAAAUUGGUC